CAGUGAGUAUGAUGAUGGUAAUGAGGAUGAUGAUUAUGGUGAUGCAGGACCUACAAAAAUAUACUUGCUUCUAGAUUUUUGUAUUUUUUAUCAGAAAAUAGACAAAUGCUAGUUCUUAUUCUUCUACAUUCUUGAUAAUUUACGAGAUUACGUGGAUUAUAGAAAGUAUAUCCGACAGGUGCUUGUUUACUGUGAUGGUUCGGAUGAUGGAGUCUCAGUGCGAGUAUUUUAUGUAUUUCCCUGCGGUGCCAAUCUCCGAUCUGUCGGACCCGGCCCGUUACAAAAGCUUACCCCGACGCAGUCACCUUUAUCUGGGUGAGACAGUCCGCUUCCUCCUGGUGCUCCGGUGCAGGGACGCAUCCAGCGGAGAGACUCCAACCGGACAUGGGAUCGGGACAGUGGGGUUCAUGGGAGAACAAGGUAUUUCUGGGUUUGGCUCGGAGACUCCGAGUAGCCGGGCGUGGAGGGAGCUUGCCGGUUCUCUGUGCGCUGUGGCCAGCGUUAGCCCAGGAGAGAGCAGGCACCGGUCGCACUAUUUUCACCAUGACUACCAGAGCAGCGGGGACGAGGGCACGGAUGAGGCCGACGAUGAGUACGGUCUUCCGGCAAUGACAGGCAGGAUGGAUACAAGACUCCGGGGCUUCAGGGACUGUAAGCCGCUACAAAUACACAACAUUACGGGGAGUGCUGUUCGGGAGUUCCGCAGGGCACCGUUGCAGUCUCCUUUGGAUGAGCCUGUUGUGUUGACUGAUGAGGUAAUCUUCCCCUUGACUGUGUCUUUGGACAAACUGCCCGUCAACACCCUCAAAGUCAAGGUGAUGGUGACAGUGUGGAAGAGAGAAGCAGAGAAAGCAGAGGUCCACGAACAUGGCUACCUCAGCAUCCUACAGCAGCGAAUCCCCACGCACACCUUCAGACAAGACCUGAACACUUUCAAAGCGCAGGUGAGCACCACUCUGUCAGUGCUACCGCCCCCAACUGUUCGCUGUAAGCAGAUGACUGUCUCUGGGAAGCACAUCACCAUCCUCAAAGUAUUAAAUGAAUGUUCUCAGGAGGUGGUGAGAGUGAGGGAAGUGAGGAUUCUGCCAAACUUCAAUGCUUCCUACCUACCUAUGAUGCCAGAUGGAUCUGUAAUGCUGGUUGACAAUGUCUGCCACCAGUCAGGAGAGAUUGCCAUGGCAUCAUUCUGCAGGAUGGAGAGUGUGGCCUGUCGACUACCUAGCAUGCUCAGUGCCCUGGAGGAACAUGACUUUCUGUUCCAGCUGCAGCUCAGCGACAUACCCCAGGGUCACUCCAAAGAGGGUCUUGAGGUUCCUCUGGUUGCUGUGCUUCAAUGGUCAACUUCUAAGAUGCCCUUCACCAACUGCAUCUACACACACUACAGACUGCCCAGUAUUCGGUUGGAACGUCCCAGAUUUGUGAUGACUGCCUGUAGUCCCAGCACCGUACAGACCAAGGACCAUUUUAAUGUCAGAUACACUCUGCUCAACAACCUACAAGACUUUCUGGCUGUACGCCUGGUAUGGACACCUGAAGGUCAUGGGCAGAGUGAGGAUGCAGUGUUGGGGGCUGUAGUGUGUCACUCCCCUCUCAGUAACUUGGGUCACUGUCGGAAAGGCAGCACUCUGUCGUUCACCGUCGCUUUCCAGAUACUCAAAGCGGGACUCUACGAGUUGAGUCAACAUAUGAAGCUGAAGCUGCAGUUCACAGCAUCUGUCUCAAACCCUCCACCAGACGCCCGCCCUCUAUCUCGUAAGAACAGUCCUUCCAGCCCUGCAGUCAGAGACCUACUAGACAGACACCAAGCCAGUCUGGGAAGAUCCCAGAGUUUUUCUCAUCAACAGCCAUCACGCUCUCACAUCAUGAGAACAGGCAGUGCCAUGGAGAGACGAGCCAUCACUCCUCCGGUCAGUUCUCCUGUAGGCCGACCCCUAUACCUGCCGGCCCAGGAGAAAGUUGUGCUGUCAUUGGACAAGAUUGCCAAAAGGGAGUGCAAAGUCCUGGUGCUGGACCCAAUCAGUUAGGAAAGGGAUGAAAGAUAUGGAGAAAGGAGAAAGGAAAGAAUAGGAGAAUAGGAGAACAGAAAAUAUGAGAUAGGUAAGAGAAAUUGACAAGGGGGUCAGAGAGAGGUUGAGUUUCAGAGGAAUUAAUGUAUCAGUAUAGGGCUGAAUCUCAAUUUGCAUACUUGUACUACAAUUGUACAGAGAGCAUUUCACAUCGAUAGGCGUGAAUGAUUUGCAUAAAGUGGGAAAAGGCAGAACUUUUUCUUAUGGUAAAGUGAUAUUGAAAUAGGUACUAUUAAGUACAUCAUUAGCAAGUAUGCCAGUAUUGGGACCUUCUACCGUGUCAUAACAUUACAUCUUGAAAUGUAUCCCCUUUGUCACACAUUAAUAUUGAGCCAAGUUAGGAAACCAAUGCUUUUCUGUUGCACAAGGGAUUUUGAGCAAUAUUACUCCAAAAUAUUAAACCAUCCGGGCACUUCUGGCAUAGUGUUUUCAAUGUCCUAUUGUUUGGGACAUGGUUUGGGACAUACUAAUCUUCAUCUGACAUACUAUAUUGUAUAUAUAGUAUGCAUAGUAUACAUAGUAUGCAAUUUGAGAUUCAGCCUAGGUUCUUUAUCUAAUUUAAGAUGAGGCCGAAGAUACAUCAUUUUCUAAGUGUAACUAGUUUGGGCUUCAACUCUUCCGUGUGUUUUAGUUAUAUAUUUUUUUCAAAUAUAUAUUUUGACGGUAUUUUAUACUUUAAUGGAUAGGACAGUGGUGAAAAUAGAGGCAGUGGAUUAGACAGCUGGACCAAAUUAGACCACUGUUCAUUUAAAGUAUAGUACUUCCACUGUCAGAACAAAAAAAAAAUUCUGAUGUGAAACCAUGUGACCUGUUGUGAGGUCACAGGGGGUGGUCUGACAACAUUAAAACAAGGACUAUCUACACUUUCGGCGGAAUGAAAAACAGCACACAAUGAUAGUUAUUUUGACUUUAUUCAUUCUGAUGGAGAGAAACAUUCUAGAAUUAUGUGACACACAUCCUAUUAUCACCUCUACUAACUGCAUGCUCUCAUCUGGAUCUUAAGGUAUAGUUUGGGAUUUUAGUAAUAAGGCCCCUUUUGUCUACCUACACAUAGUCAGUUUGUCAAUUUGUUAAUAACAUUUUUAAAUCUCUCUGUGCAGUGUAGCUAUCUAUUGUUUUUGCAAUUACUAAUAAGCGUUAUAUGAUAAAUAGGGCUGAUAUAUUCGGUAUGAAUUUUCUCUCCACCCAAAACUGGUAAUAAUUGUUUUCCCAUUUUGUCUCUGUCUGAUAGCCUAAGAACUUCAACCUCAACCCACCACUAGUAGCUUAGUAGAGAGUUGAGCUAGCUAUCAAGCUGAAAAAAGUUGCUAACGUUACCUAGCAAAGAUUUGCUAAAACAGAUGAAGCAAGUUUGUUUAAAAAAAAGGAUGUGAGCACAAGCAUCAAAUAGUGUGAUAGUUUUACCAAGAUUCACAUUUCCAUGAAAUAACGCUUACCCUGAGUUGUUUUUGAAGGCCCAUGAAGUAAUUUUUCACAAAAAGCCAAUAUUCACAUCUGACCCAGUCUGAAUUUAGCAUUAUUAGCAUUGUCCAAAUUCAUUAGUUCAAUUUAUUUAUUAAUUUAAACUGUGUGUCUCGAACUACAAAAGCUGCAUUGCAAGUUGAAACAAACCCAAAUAACACUAAAGACUAAAUUCAGUAGUCGCGCUAGUAUAGAUUUUUUGGAUACUGACAAACAGCUGGUGGAAUUUGGUGACUUCAAACUAGCACUAUGCAAACAAUUUUGUGUAGCCAUCACACAACGCCUCUGUUAUUCGGCAAUGAUGCCAUUGGUAGCUAGCAAAUGUUAAGUGGUUGUUCUGGGUGGUUAAUAAAGUAAUGUUGAAACUUGAAAAAACUCUGAUUGAUUCCACUGUGAACAAAACUGACCGGUAAGCAUAGAAAGUAUUAGUUCCGUUGAAAAUAAGAUUUAUAUAGCGAAAAUGGAAACAUAUUUCAAGGAAAACAACACUGACAGGUUCUUUAUGAUAAACAACACUGCUAGUCUUAGUUUGAAGUAUUCUGGAGUUGGUUUCUGCUUGCAAUGCAGCUUUUGUAACUCAGGAUAAUGCUAAUAAUAAUUCCAGGCUCGAACAGAGUUGAAUAAUGGCUUGUUAUGUUGACUCCAAGGGCCUUGAAGAACAACUGAAGCUAAAAGUCUUCAAAAACAACUACAGCUAAAAUCUUAGUUUUGUAACUGUUUCAACAUUUGUUUUGUCACUGUUUGUGGGCUAGCUGUCUUGCUAGUUUGUAGCAAGUGAGGAUGGUUGAAUAAUACAGAAGCAAAUACAUCUAUGGAGAAAACUUCAAAUUCAUUAUUAAACACAUAGAAGGAAACAGUAACAUGAUCGCUCUAUUAAAAUGUUCAAGCUUAUCUUCUUCAGUGGGGUCUUAGGGCAGACUACACCCAAAUAGUUUUACUGCCGCCCCCACUACCAGACACAGAACCUGCAUCACACCUAAACCAUAGGAACUAGAUUUAUUGGAUGUCCAAAAUAUUAAAAAAAUUAAAUUGUUUGGCCUAUAUAGUUUAUCACGCACCAAACUCAACAACAUUUAUUAUUUUGAUCGUCGUUAUUUCCAAACCCUUUUAUCUGACGAAUCACUUCCUCUGCCGGCUUAGGAGUAUCCACUUGUCUUUUCUCUCUACCUUCAUGAGUAGCUCUGAUCUUUGCCACCUCCACCUCUUGUACCCUGACUGGGCACUCAUGGAACCCAGGAGCAUGAAUCCCAUGACAGUUGUAAUGCCACAUUUCCUCUGUCUACUAAUUUCCUUUUAAUAAUUGUAAAACUGCAAUUUAUAGACAUAUGGUCUGACUGGUUAAAUAAAAAACUCCAUAUGUUGGCAGUUUUUCCUCAAACAUCAUCAGUUUUCAGCUCGUUUCACCUCUUCCAUUUUAGUUAAACAACAUGCACUCUUUCUUGUAAUUUCCCUCCUCUCUGCAACUAUCUCUACCUCUCUUCCCAUUUUUCUUAAUCAUCUUCCAAUCUUCAGUAUUUGCACAAUCCACUUUAGUAUUACCACCAUGCUGCUUCCUCCUUCGUCACCACCUACUAUUGCUCUCAUCUCCCUUCCCAAAAGAAAGUUGUCUUAAUUUCCUCUUAUCUAAAAGUUAACUCAUCUUGUCACAGACAUAUCCCUAUAAAUUAGAAUCCCAAUAAAAAUUCAGGUGUUCCGCAGGUUGUUUAGGGAGGUGGAUGCAUUUCUCUCUGUCUAUAGGCUGGAAUAGGAUGUCAGUCUUAUUUUGUCUUUUGCAAACAUCAACCAAUAAUUAUGUUUGCAAAGUAGGACUACAAAAGGAGAUUUCUGAUGAAUAAUCACUGUUCUUCCCCUAAAAAGGUAUUGACAAACUGGAUUUUUUAUUAUAGGUUAAUAGCAAGCUGGUUUGAAUGGUAAAACAACCAGGUUUGCCUUGCUAGCUAUCUGCCAAAUCCCACAUCAUCAAUUGAUAUCAUGUUCACUGGCAGACAUAAGUGCUAACAACAUAUUAAUUCAAUCUAUUUUCCCCCUCUCUUGGCUCAGUAUCAGGAUAGUAAUAUCAGCAAUUAAAUAAAAGGCAUUGGUCAUGCUUCCAGACUUUCCAGUUUGGGUAGGGAAAUAUUAACCAUUCAAAAUGUCCCUUUCAUUAUAAAGCAUUUCAGGCAUCUAACAUUGCAGUCAGUUAAGUUAAUGGCUGAGUGCAUAGUGGUAUAGGCUGCUAUAGGCCAGAGCACACAAAUAUGUCUUUGCACAGGGAAAAAAAUGCUUUUCUAUAAACUUGUUAUGCAACUAUACUAGACAUUAUAUUAGUGGAGCAACCCACUCUCUUCCUUUUGCGUACAUAUAACACGGGUUCACACAAUGUCUUGCUAUGCAUAUGCUAAAGUACUUUUUUGC